UCCUCGCACUCAUCAUCAUCCACAGAGACGCGAUUCCCGAGGAAAAAUGUCACGUCAUUUCAUUCCCAUGCCUAACUUCGUGAGAACGGAUGAACAAACGGAGAGACUCGCUAGGCUAAGAGCUGAGUUGGCUGCCUAUCGAUGGGAUGAAUGUGACUUGGUGAAACACCUCAUGAAAGUCAAUGAGAUGAUACAGAAUGUCAUCUGGAACGGUUACCAUAUGUCUAACAGCGAGAUGAUUGAUGCCCUGAGAAGCACUCUCCCAUAUGAAUGGCGAGAUGUGAUGGAUGAUUUAUGGAAAGCCCCGGAAAUCGAAGUGGUGGACGGUGAAUGGGAAAGUGGUGAAAUCCCUGUUGUUCCGAAGUAUAAACAACUUGCGGUGAAUUUUUUGAAAGAAUACAUAAGGGUUGGGGCAGCGAAGACGUCAACUCUUGGCAUGAAUUCUUCUUGGCGCAGAAUGAAUGCGCCAUGGAGGAAUCAUAAGGGUUUUCCAAGAGCCUAUCCAUGGCUGCCCAAUGUGACCUUAGAAUUUUCUGAGGAUUUUUCUAAGGAGUUUGAUAAGUCCUUCCCGGUGGAUUAGAUAGAUGAGCGGCUUUGAUUUCAUUUAUUUUAUUUUAGGCUAGUUUUAAAUAUCUUAGGUGGAUAUUUCUUUCGUUG